AUUUAAAAUGUUUAUUAAUCUUUGAUUGAUAUUAUAUGGUAAUUUUAGGUUGCAUAUAAAUAUUUUAUUCAAAGGACUAUUUUCCAUAAUAUUACAAGAAGAUUACUAAAAAGCUGAAUCAAAAUGAAAGACAUAGGAGUGAAAAUGUUUGCGAGAGUUACUUUUUAUCCGACGUUAUUAUAUAAUAUUUUGAUGGAAAAAAUAACGUCUAGAAAUUGGUAUGAUAGAAUUGAUGAAACUGUAAUUUUGGGUGCACUGCCUUUUCGAACUAUGACAAAAAAGUUAGUUGAAAAAGAAAAUGUGAAAGCAGUAGUUUCUAUGAAUGAAGAUUACGAGUUAGCCUUAUUAUCUAAUUCAGAAAAGGACUGGAAGAAGUACAAUGUGGAAUUUCUACAAUUAUCAACAACAGAUAUUUUUGAAGCACCUUGCCAAAAAAAGUUAAAAAUGGGUGUAGAUUUUAUAAAUAAAUUUCAUUGUACAAAUAGAACAUUAAAAAAUGACAAUCACAGUAAUGAUACCAAAGAAAUGGGAAAAGUUUAUGUUCAUUGCAAAGCAGGCAGAACACGUAGUGCAACACUUGUUGGAUGUUAUUUAAUGAUGAAAAAUGGUUGGAUUCCUGAAGAAGCAGUGGAUUACAUAAAAAGUAAAAGACAACAUAUAUUACUUCACAGAGUCCAAUGGCAUGCAUUAAGACUUUUUUAUGAAACACAUAUUCAAAAUCAUAGACAAUAAACAUUAAAAUUUAAUUAUGUAUAAUAUACAGAAAAAUAAUUUAAUAAAAAAUAAUAUUCAAAAUGUAAAUACAAAAA